AUUUGACUAAUAUUAUCUACAUGCAUGCACUUGUUUAUCUAUGUCACAAUUAAGAAUGAGAAAAGUGAGGAGAGAACAGUCAUAGUAUGCUGUUUUUUUUCUCAUCAAAUGAUUCAAAAAUACAUACUAUCGUGGCAUAUCGCUAUCGUGAUAUAAAAUAGCCCAUAAUGUGAUAAGGGAUUUUACCCAUAUCGCACACCACUACCCCUGAAAUAGCACAAAACCAGAGAAGUGAAACAUUGAAGCUGAAAUGUUCUCCGAUUCUGGACCGGCACACAUAUACUUGCUUUGCUACACCCGGGAGGAGCCGCUCAAGAAGUGGGUGGGCGGGCAACAGCCAUAACAAAGAUUACUACAGUAGCCUCAGAGGAUUUGACCUGAUCGGUUGCGUCGGAUGCGAGUGGAACAGAGGCAGGAGCGGGGAUUAUUUAAGGUUUAGGAUUUACAGCGCUCUGUAAUCAUUCAUUCUCUGCUUUGCUUCGCCAAAUGAUGGGACGGGAUCUUUAGGAAUGACUCUUUUGGGCCUCUUUUACGCGGACCAACCUGAUUCGCGUCAACCGAAGGCGGCAUGAAGGACUGUUGCCGUGUAUGUGGCGGGCGUCUGAUCGGGAACCAGUGUCGCUGGAUAUUCAGCUCGUCCGCCAAGAGGAAGCUACAGAUCAUUUUGUCACACGUGCUCGGCCGGGAGGUGACCCGCGACGGUCGCGGCGAGUUCCUCUGCGGGAAAUGCGUCUUCCAGCUAGAGAAGGUGAUACAGUGCGACGUGAACCUCAGCCAGCUGCAGGAACAGCACAACCACCAGGUGCAGAAACUACAAGCGGAGAAAGCGCACCUGAUUCAAUGCAUCAUCCACGUCUACAAAAAACACAACCCCGAAGAGGAAAGGAGCGAUGAGGAGAGUGUCCCUUCCAAGACUCCGCUUAGAUCGUCCGGGGCGGGCAGUUUCGACGACGAGGUCACGAGCCUCCUGCCAGAUGACGCGCAAUCGCCGAGAGAGAGCGGUGGCGGUCACCGCAUGAGAAGAUGCGUUAGUCUGGAUAGACUUGCGGGCAAAGGAGUGUUCCCGGUACGUUCCAGUCUCAAGAAAUGGAGGGCGGGAUCGGCCGUGGGACUGGACAGUCCCAUGAAGAACUUUACCUUGCGAGGAUCGCGUGGCAGCUCUCAGAGCAUGUAUCUAGACCUUGUACACUACAAGGGCACCUUUCCUCGAUCCGGAUUCAAGGGCCGAUCUGCAUCCCUGCAGUCUCUCAAUCGAGACUUUGAAACUCCGGAAUCCACGCCGCUUAAGAAAAAAAGCAGAGAAGCCACGGUCCUCAGGAACGCCGCCGUUGACGAUCCCAUCGGAAAGGGGCGAGCCAAAAUGCUCCUCCGCAGUUCCUCGUGCCAGCCCUCCGUGAUCUUUGACUUGAUACAGCUCCUGCGGUGCCUCGGCAGGAGGGGGCUUUCUGUCUCGGCCGGGAGCCGCAUCCCCGUCCUGAAGAAGUUCAGUGUCGUUCAUCCUCUCGUAUGUACCAAGCGUGUACGCAAAGAUGCUCGUUGGAAGUCUCUGCACGACCUAACGGAGGAAUUUGACGACCAAUACGCGCCCGCCACGGCGGAGAGCAAGAUUCAUCGACUGGAGUCUGUAAACAAGCUGCUCACUGAAGAACUUGCACAAGCAAAAAGCACCCGCGAGAAUCUGACAAAGAUGCUGGAAGAAACGCAGAAUGAAAGCAAGAUGCUGUCAGAAAGGCUGGAUGAGAAAGAGGGUGAACUCCUCGCAGAGAAGAAAAACGGCCUUAAAAGGGACAAAACCAUCCAAGGGCUCACACAGGUUCUCAAGGAAAAAGAGAAAGAGAUUUCGGAGUUAUGUCAUGAGAUCGAAGACCGAGAUGAUGCGCUCUCCAAAGCUCGUGAGACAGCGCACAAAGCCCAGAUGCAGAAAUAUCAGGGAGCAGAAGAGCACCAAACUCUAUUGAUGGCCAAGCAAAUGGAGCUAGUCCAGCUGCAGGGUGAGCACCACGGGAAGGUACUGGAAGCUCAAAAGCUGCAGCGGGCCCUGGAAAGGAGAGAACAGGAACUGGCUGACUUACAGCAGUCAAAGGAGCAGCUGGAGGUCGAGCUGGAGGAUCUUCAACAACAGAAAAAGAAGGGAGACAAAGCCCUAAAUGAUCUGAACAACCAACUGAAAAAGCUCAGUGGCGAGAUCGCAGAGCGGGAAAGUUCUCUUGAGCAGCAGUACCAGGAUCUGUUAGACCAAACCCAAAGAAAAGUCUUGGCGCACGAAGUCACCAUCCAGCGGUUAACAUCCACACUGGCUGACAAAGAGCAGCAGUUACUGGAGUACAUGAACACACUGAAAGAUUUGGAGCAAAACAAGACUCCGGCAGGAAAUGACGGCAUGCUCGCCAAGCUGCGCCAAAGGCUGAAAGAAAAGGAGCGAGCGCUGGAGCGAGCGCUGGACGAGAGGUUCGCGGCCAUCGAGGAGAAAGACAACCUAAUCCACCAGCUGCAGCUGUCGCUCAGGGAGAAAGAGAGAGACAUGGAGAGGCUCCAGAACUUGCUAUCGCACAACGAGGAAACUAUCAGCAGUUUUGAUAGCCUCAUUAAAGAGAAGGACGUGGAAGUGGAGCACCUCACCAACACGCUGAAGAACCUGCAAAGGGCCAAGCAAGAUGCGGAGGACAACCUGAACAGGUCGCUGCGGGAAAAAGACUCCAUCAUCAGCCAGCUGCGGCACUCUCUAGACACCAAGACCAAAGAUUUGGAGGAAAUGUCCGAAUCGGUGCUGAGCCAGUCGCAGAGUCAAGCGCGCGAUUUGGCUGAGCAGAUGAGCCAGAGGUUAAAGGUGAACGAGGCCAUGCUGGCCGAGGCGGUGAAAGCCAGGGAAAGGCUCGUUGCCGACAACGAGGGCGCCGUGGAAGGACUGCUGGCUACCAUUAGCAGCAAGGACCAGCUUAUUAAGGAGUCCGCCGAGCACUACAACCGCAUGCUCUCCGAACGUUCCCGUGAGAUUCAGGAGCUGAAGAGGCAGCUGUCUGAGCGGCAGCUCGAGCUUGUCGCCACGGCGGCCCAGAAGGACUCCUCGGAAAGCGACGAGCUUCGAAAGCUCCUGGAUAAAAAAGACAGCCUCAUUGACCAGCUUCUCCAGCGCGGGCAGGAGACGGAGCACCAUAAGGAACCAGAUUACGUGCUGGAUCUCAGACAAACCAUCCAGAUCAUGCAGGAGAAGUUAGACGAGCGAGAAGGCUCACUUUCCAGGAGGAACAGCGACGACAGCAUGGAGAACAUUCCACUCUCCAAGAAGACUUUUGUGGUCCUUAAGAAAGAAUUGGCACAGAAAACAGAAGCUCUCAACAAGGCACUGAAACGGGAAAAUGAACUGAAGAUGGCUUUGGCCGAGCUUCAGUCGUCACUAUCGGAGCUGGAGGGGCGCAGCGAAGGUCAGGCCGCCAAUAUUGAGUCCCUGACUGCCACUCUGGAGACCAAAGAUGAAAUUAUCCAUGAUCUCCAGCAACGCCUCGGCCAGCCGGGACACCAGGUCCGAGAUGGCGGCAGUACGGACCGAUCGCCUUCAGGACUUCCUCAAAGAGAGAGGACCGUGAUCGGUGGGGACAGCCAGCCAGAGGUGUUCCCCGGCUUGACGGCUUUGCAGCAAGAGCACGAGGCGCUGAACAAAGCUCUGAGGGCCGAGCAGCAGCUCUACUCCAGUCUGGUCAGGACUGUGAAAGAACAGGACAGCGCCCAACGUCUCCAUGCGCUGCAGCUGGAACUGACGGCGGUGCAGCUUCUCCGGCAGCAGCUGGAGGACGGCGUGAAAGCCAACGAGGAACUCAGGGAUGACUUGGAUAGAGAACUAGACAGAGCCAAAGCCAGAGAAGGUGCCAGUGGCGUCGACCCCAAAGAACUGGAGAGCGUGCGGCACCAGCUGGAAGAUACCCAGCGCUGGAAUGCCUCUCUACAAGCCCGCUUGGGGGCCAUCCAGAACCGCGGCGGCGGCGUGGGCGGGACCAACGACUGCGGUGACACUCUAAGUUUCAUCGGAGACCAGACCUCAUACAUGAGUAUCUGUGUGGGCGAGGGGCACGAUGAUGAGAUUUCUCCGCAGAAGGUACUCGAGCUGCGGGACUGUAUCAGCAGGCUCCAAGCUCUCAACAUGGAGCUCCAAAGCAAAGUGGCAGCACUGGAGAAGGCCGACCAAGAAGACAAAAACACAGCCCUCGCUCGUCCAUGGAAACAGCAGCCGGACACCGACUGCCGGACGCCAAACUCUCAAGACCGAGCCUGCCAGACGGACGUCCCGCCAGGGCAGUCCGGAGGUAACGAUAGUGUGGACAGUGGUCUGGGCCAAAGCCGAGAGCACGCUCAGUGUGCCAUUGCAGAGGUCGAGUCUUUGAAAUGUCUGCUGGCUGACACUAGUGCUGCUUCACUCCUACGCCUCAGAGAGGCGGUCCUCAAGCUACUGAUGGAAAACGGUCAACUGCCAAAGGAAGAAAAGUCCAGUGGCCAGUGCAAAGAGAAGGGAAGCACAGAAGCGUCCGGGAACGGCAGCGUUCAGUCGGGACGCAGCCGGGAAACUGGAGAAAAGCGCAAAGACGCUACAGAUCGGACUUUCCUGGCCAACGCAUCGGAAGCAGAAUUGCUUGAAAACGGGCAGCGCAGCAAGAUUUCAAAGCGCAGGGCCUCCGCCGUCCGGUCCCGCUUGCCUGUUCCAAUCGGGCUGAGAACGGAAGCUUGUCGCGCGGGCCUGGCCCAAUCUGCUCUUUUGACCCAGCUGGAGCUCCUCCACCAGGAAUGCCAGGAGAAGGAGGAAUUGAUCAACAAGCUAAGUGAGCGCUUGGCUGACCUGGAAGAACUCCAGAACAAAGAGCCACUCGACAGCGAGUGCACGGACGCUGCUGAGUCCACCGUCGCACAGUCUGCUUCUGUGGACUGCCGAAGCAGAUUUGUUUGUUUGCAGAAAGAGGAUCUCAAAAAGCAACUUGGGCAGAUUUUCAAGUUGGCAGAGAAGCACUUCCAAGAGGCAGAAAUCAAAGAUCUGCUUCUGGAAAUAGAUGCGGUGAACGCUGCAUUACACAGAAGAGGUUCAGAGGACGCACGGAACAUCUCUACGCAGACGGCGUUGGAAUCUCUCGCUGAGAAACGAAAGAAUCCGCAAGGGGAAGAAGGAACUUCGGAUCUCGUCUCAACUCUGGAGAUGACCAAAGUUCUUGCUCGAUGCCUGAACUCGGCGGAAUCUCUCAUUGCUUCUCUGGCAGCGGCCUGUAAGAGUAGCGACUCAUUCGCCGACCUCGACUUACGGGAACAUUUGGACAAUCUCCAAGGAGCGCUGCGAGAGCGACGAGAGUUGGAGCGUUGGUCUCAAACCUCUCGGCAGAGUGAUCGCUGUGAGGAGAUUCCCCGCUCAGAUCUACGUGGCGAUCUGGGAUUCCUCUGUGAGGUCCUCGCCGAGCGCUCUCGGAAAAUUUGCGAGCUCCGAGCCUCCCUGUGGGAGGAGAGGGAGGCCCGUGCCGCGCUACCGGACGCUCAGGGAUUAGCACCGAGUGUUCAGGCUCAGCUGGAGGCUCUGCACAAGGCGCUGAGGGAGAAGAAAAAAGCCUGCGAAAACCCAGAAGAGAAACCCGCCGCCGCCGCGUCGCCGAACGACACGGCUCGCAAAGCUCUGGAUCAGGAUGACAAAGGCGUGCAGGUGGAUUUGCAAGACCUGGGUUACGAAACCACGUGCAAGAGUGAGAACGAUAGGGAAGAGAGCAGUAGCACAGACCUUGACGUUUGCGUCAAAGCGAGCGGAAGCGCUUCCGAUAUCCCUUCACUGCCGAUUCACGAGCAGGCGCGCUUUUCCCCCGGUGCCGGUGAACAUCUGGACUCCUCCAGCUCCGGCACUCCGUACCCGAGUUCCCCCACCUUGAGCUCAGCCAAGGUCAGUCUGAGAAGCCCGCAGACUUCUGAGGAAUACGGUCUCUCCGAGGACCGGGCGAGAGCGCGGGUGCCGAAGGUCCAGAUCCAAAGAAACCGUAUGGACCCGGCGGCUGGCCACCCGUCGAGCAUCGGAGACGGGACGCAAAGACGUCACACUCGAGAGAAAGAAGACGAGGGAGAGGACGGUGAUGUGAGGAGUGAGGCGGAAAGGAUUCAGUUACAGCACGCUCGCAGCCGUUCUACAUCGCCUGCCAGUUUGGACUCCCUCGUGCAGUCACAGGCCCGGGAACUGUCGCGACUCCGUCAACAAAUUAAGGAGAGCCGGCGGCUGGGGGGCCCGCACCGUCGACAGCUGGCGGAGCUGAGCGCAGCCUUGCGAGAGCUGGUCAAGGCCGGCCCGGUGGACUGCUACGUGGGCCACCAAGCGGUCAAAGAGCAGCUGGACAGGAGUCUGAGAAUCCUGGAUCGACUGGAGGGACGACUGGACGAAGGAAUGACUCGUCAGGAUGUUGAAGACGUGGCAGCUCUGGAACUUUCUCGCAGAUUGUCCAAAGAACUGCAGGGGAAAAACCGUCUCAUCGAGAACCUGCGGGCUCAAGUCCGAGUCCAGACUCCCGGGAGCCCCUGCGGCCCUUGCUCCGAUGCGUACCUCUCGGAUAAGGACUCCUGCGGCGGCGGCAGCCCACCUACGCAAGGGGGAGGAGUGGAGGCCGAGCGCACGUCGGACUUGCUGAGGGAGAACAGACUUCUUGGCGAGCGGUUGAAGAACAGCGAGCAGCUCAAUGCUAGCUUGCGCGGCGAGCUGGACGUGCACCUUUCUGUCAUGUCCCGCGCUUCCUCGACGCAAGAGGACGGACGUUCGGCGCCGACGCUUAAUUCGGAGCUACUGGCUGAGCACCUGGAGGAGAUCCGAGCUCUGAGGCGGCGCCUUGAGGAGAGUAUUUGCACCAACGACCGCCUCAGGGAGCAGCUAGAGAGGCGGCUCGCCGAGGUGGAACAAGACACAGCGGCCACCAACAUAUUCAUCCACGGCAACGAGGAUCAAGGCCAGCUGGUGAAGGAGGUACACUUCCUGCGGGGUCAGAACCAAGCUCUAAAGGAGCAGCUCAUCCUGGAGUCUAAAGACAAAGAGCGGGACGACGAGCGGCUGCGGGACAACCUGGCCAGGUGCGCGGCCAAGUUGGAGCAGAGCGAGAAGGAGAGCGACCUCCUGAGGCGCGAGAACGCGGGACUGCGGGAAAAGCUGGAGCUGGGCGGCCAAGAGAAGGCCGGCCUGCUCCGCUCGCUGCGCGGUUUGCAGUGCGAGGUGAAGCUCCAACGGCAGCAAAUGACCGACUCGCAGCGCCUCCUGCGGUCGCUGCGCGUGGAGCUGCAAGUUCAUGCCAAGAUGGAGGCGGAGAAUCAAAAACCCGGUUCGGACGCGGGCGACCUAGCCGGGCUUCUGUCGGAGAUUCGCCAACUGCGGACGGAGCUGGAGAGGAGCAUCCGUGCCAACGCGGCGUUGCGCCAGAAGCCGGAGGAGCGGUCGGGAAGGGUCGACCCGGUGGCUGACGACGACGGCUCCGGCGAGAGCGCUCCUUCCCGCCUGGUGCCGGGCCACCGCCUGUGGGCCGACCGCAACGGGCGCCACGUCCUGGCGCUGGUGGAGGACUACGACGCGCUCCGUGGGCGCAUCUCGGAAGGGCGACGGUUGGCGUGCGGCCUGGACAGCGAGGCGGCGGACGAGGAGAGCGACGUGAGCGCCCUGCGUCAAGUUCUGGACGAGGCCGCCCGCCUGCUCAAGCUACCGUGGAGGGUCUCGCUGCCGGCGGGGUUCCACGACCGACAGGAUCAUCUGAAGAAGGAGAUAUCGCGUCUGAAGAGCCGACUGUCGCAACAGGAGAGGAUGCUAAGCGGCGCCGUCAAACGUCUGCGGACCACCAACCAGCUCAAGGAGGGCAUGGAGAGGGUCAUCAUCGAUCAGCUGUCCCUGACGCACGGCGUGUUGAAGAAAGCCCGCGGAAACUUGGAAAGAAGUCACUCUUACCACUUCGGGCCAAGCGGAGGACAUGGAGGUGCCUUUAAAUGGACAAUAGGGGGCGUUGAAGUUUACUCGUCAGAUGAGCCGUGAUCACGUUUCCCAUCAGCAUUUUUCUACUUAUUUGUACAAAAGUAAUUUUGAGGUACUGUUGUCUUUUACCCAAGUGUGUAUAUUUUGUUUGACUGUCAUGUUGAUUGCAGUUAAAAAAGUUUUAAACCUGAAUCCAGAAACAUGUCUUUAUUAACAUCGGCGUUAUAAAAACAAAAAAAGCACAAUUCCGUCACAUCGGCACUUGAACGCGACCUAUAAAAUUAGGCCGAAGUUUUCAUCGCUGCAGCAGUCGCACGAAGGCUUGCGCCAGCUGGAUGAUGGGUUCCUGGCCCUCGUGGGUGCCCUUGGAGCCCGGCGUAGGUGGCUUUGCCUGCGCAGGGGACGCCGGAGAUCCUCGCCGGAAAUGUCGUGACAGGCUGGACAGAAGAGUGCUCUGCAGACGGAGGGGAAAAAAAUCAGCUGUGAGGCCAUUUUCAGCAGCGGCGAAUCCUCACCAGCUCCGAGCAAAGUUCCUGCUUGAGCCGCUGCUUGUCUCGCGGCGGGAUGGCAUUAUCUUUUAGGCAGCGCAAGGCCUGAGAGACCAAAAUGUAGAAGCAGUUCUCCAUGGUAAACAUCAGCAAGGACCUCCAAAAAAACAAAGACAAACUUUUUAAAAUGAACACUGAAACACAAAGUGUGUGCUAUGAAAUGGUGAAAACUUGCAUGUCAUUUUACACAUUGAAAAUUUUGGCACUCAAAUCUGGCCGUUUUUUACCAUGUCAUACUUAUUACGCCCACUCAUAGACUUCAUAAUGGUAUUGACGGGUUAGAUCGGUCAUGCACUGCGCCUCGCCUUAAAGUAGGGGGCCACCUACAUCAAGAGGAGCUAUUCACAAACACGCACGAUCUAACACCGGAUUUCUGUUGAAAAAGUACAAAAGCUUUACCGCAUACAAACAGGAAGGAUUGUCUCAGAAGUGAUUUGUUCGAGGAUUCAAGGUAAUUGUUAUAUUUUUGCACCAUGCAUGCAUUUGUAACUGCACUUUUUUUUUUUUUUUUGCUUUUUAACCAAGAAUAAAGACAUUUACAUCCAUAUCUAUAAAGAAUUC